GGAAAUUGCCAUUGUUAGUUCAAUCGUCUCCGAGUGAUUCGGCAAUUUAUUUCAAGACAACAAUAAUUUGCAAUAAAUCUCGCAAAACUACACAAGAAAAUGAUGCAAUCAGAGCGUUUUCCCGAAUACCAGGUUCCUGGACGUCAAGUGCACGACUUCAAUCCAUACGAAUCGAAUGGAGGAAGUGUCAUAGCUAUCGGAGGACCAGGCUUUGCAGUUAUUGCAGCUGACACUCGUCUUAGUACGGGAUACUCCAUUCACACACGCUCGCAAAAGAAACUCUUCAAAUUGACCGAGAACACGGUGCUUGCCUCCACGGGUUGUUGGUGCGACGUUUUGGCGUUGUACAGUUUAAUCAAGGCUCGCAUUCAAAUGUAUCGCGAUCAACAUGAAAAGGUCAUGUCAACGAAUGCAAUUGCCCAACUGAUGUCUAACUUGAUGUACAAUCGUCGCUUUUUCCCGUACUAUGUGUCCAACGUGAUUGCUGGUCUCGACGAGGAGGGCAACGGAGUUGUGUACAGCUACGAUCCCAUCGGGCAUUGCGAGAAAAAGACCUACAAUGCUGGUGGGUCAUCGGGAGCACUUUUGCAACCUGUUUUGGAUAACCAAGUUGGAUACAAAAACCAACAAAAUGUCUCCAAGGAUCCCAUUGACAUGGAAAGAGCCAAGAGCAUCAUCAAGGAUACGUUCAUCUCAGCUGCCGAAAGAGACAUUUACACUGGAGAUGGUAUUUUAUUACACGUUAUAACAGAAAAGGGUAUCGAAGCAGAGGAAGUUCCUCUACGCAAGGAUUAAUUUUUGUAUUUCUUUUUUUUUGUUCAAAAAAAUAAAAUAAACUCUUCAUAAUUCAUA